UGUCAAGACAGUAUUUGACAAUGUUUUUACGUUUCUACUUCGUGGUUUGGGUGUCUUUUGGUUUGAUCAGUUUAUUGUACCGGAAAACAGCUUUGGUCGCUUGCAUUCCUACUCUUAAUGGUCGCUACACGAGGGACAUUGAUAAUUUUAAAUUGACUGUCCCUUUUAAAACAUCACGCGGUGGUGAGUUCUCAACAUUCAAAAUUCCUUCUUACUACAAACAAAAUUUCAACAAGAAACGACGAAAACGAUCACUGGAUGAUCCAGAACUCAUCCAGUAUGUUGUAAAUUUAGAUGGCAAACAAUAUCAAGCACAACUCUGGCCUAACCAUAAUCUAAUCUCACCGGAUGCAAUUUUCGAAAAGCGUAGACCCAAAUUAAGUGUCCAGGAACGAAAAAUUAGAAAAAUCGACAAUGAUAAAAUGUGCCACUACACGGGUAAUAUUAAAGGAGAAGAAGGAUCAAAAGUUGCACUUUCAACUUGUGACGGUUUGGCAGGUUACAUUACAAUCCGCGAAAAGCGCUAUUUUAUAGAGCCGGUCCAGGAACAUGUCCCCAAUGGAAAUGGUCAACACCUUCAUAUUGUCUAUGAGAGGUAUCCCCAAGAAAACGACCUAAAAACGAGCAAAUGUGGGACUUCCACAAAUUGGGAAGAAGCCUGGAAGAAGCGUUUUUUCGAAAAAUAUCGUCGAGGCGAAUUCGAGAAAAGAAGCUCUGAAAGUCUGCAUCGCUACUUAGAGACGAUGGUUGUUUGCGACAAGAAAUUCCUCGAGUUUCACAAGAACAUCGAUCAGGAAACUUAUGUUCUGACAGUUAUGAAUAUGGUGGCCGAUUUUUACCACGAUUCCAGUAGUGGGAACAUGAUGGACGUGGUCGUGGUAAGGAUUAUGUAUCUUGAUAAAGAAGAGGAAGAAAUCGAUUUGGUCAUUAAUCCCAAUGCUGAUGACACUUUAGCCAGUUUUUGCAAGUGGCAGCAGAAAAUUAAUCCCAAGGAUUUGGAUAAUCCCAACCAUCAUGAUAUCGCAGUGCUGUUGACCAGGUACGAUAUAUGUGCAGACAAUAUGUCAAACUGUGGCCUCAUGGGAUUGGCGUACGUGGCCAGCGCAUGCAGCGGAAACGAACCUUGUGCCAUCAACGAAGACGGAGGACUUGUCCUGGGAAUUGUCGUCGCCCAUGAGAUGGGACACGUGAUGGGGUGCGCUCAUGAUAAAGAAGGAGAGUCCUCUUGUCCAGCUCAGGACGAAGAUAAGUCCUUUUUCGUUAUGGCUCCUUAUGUGCACUUGUAUACCACUCGAUGGUCCACUUGCAGUCGGGGUUUUAUUACUUCCCUAUUCGAAAAUGGUUUAGGGGAUUGUCUCAACGACGAACCUCAAAUAUCUCUCUACAAGGACAAGGAGGUCCUUCCUGGCGUCAUCUACGACGCCGAACAGCAGUGCAAGAUGUGGAUGCCCAACUCUACUCUUUGCGGCUUCGGCCAGGAGAACAUUUGCGAAAUCCUCUUGUGCGAGAGCAAACCCGAGGAGUGCCAAACCAAGGAAGAACCGGCGGCAGACGGGACCAAAUGCGGCGAAAACAAGUGGUGUUACAGGAAGAAGUGUGUUCAGAUGGGCCAACGUCCCCAGGCGAUAAACGGCGGUUGGGGUAAAUGGAGCUCGUUUUCGGAGUGUUCGAGGAGUUGCGGCGGCGGCGUUCAGAUAGCGACCAGAGAAUGCGAUAACCCGGUGCCCCAACACCGAGGCCGUUAUUGUAUAGGCGAGCGGAAAAAAAUUAAAAUUUGCAACAUGGACCCGUGUCCUCCGGGAUCGCCAUCGUUUAGAGAAAUGCAAUGCCAGGAACACAACAAGAUACCGUUUCAAGAUAAAUUGCACCAGUGGAAGGCGUUCUUCAAAGAAGAGGAGCCUUGCGUUUUAUAUUGUCUGAACGAGAAUCGAGUUUUUGCAAAAUUGGAACCGAGAGCUAAAGACGGAACAAAAUGUAAACCCGGAACUCACAAUAUGUGUAUCAGUGGAGUUUGCAAGAAAGUUGGGUGUGAUGGAGAAGUUGAUUCGGAAGCCGUUGAGGACAUUUGUGGUAUUUGUAACGGCGAUGGGACUCAAUGUAAAAUAGUUGACGAGACUUACACAGCCACCGGUGGUCGCAAUUAUGUAAAAGUGGCUGUGGUUCCCGUCGGCAGUCGCAACCUCCUCUUCGAAGAGUUGGCACCUGCUGUAAACACCCUGGCAGUGAGCGACACAACCGAACAGAGAUUUUUCCUCAACGGUGGAAAUCGUGAAGAAAGGGACGGUAACAAAAUGUUUGGCGAAACCGAAGGGAUUUACACGCAUGCGGAUCAAAGAGAAAAGCUGUUCAUACACGGCCCUCUAACCGAGGAUAUAGUUCUUUUCGUGGUUUUUUACAGCAAUACGAAUCCUGGAUACCACUAUAAGUAUGCCGAACCGUCCUUGGACACGUCUUACGUCCCCAAAUAUCACUGGGAACAAGCCGACUGGGAGGAAUGCUCGGCGAAAUGCGGAGGAGGAACCCAAGCAGCCAAAUGGGUUUGCGUGGAGGAGAAAGCGGGAAAAGUCAGCGACUCCUUCUGUGAGUCCCAAGGAAGCCACCCGGGAGAGACGAGGGACUGCAACGCACAGCCCUGCACCACAAAAUGGAAGGUGGGUAAAUGGGGCAAGUGUCACGCUUGCAAGUUCAAGUCCGGCGUCCGGAUGCGCGAGGUGGAAUGUGUCCGGGAAUCGCCUCAUCCAGGUGCUGAUGACAUUCUCGUCGAAGAUGCGGAAUGCAAGGAGGCGAAACCCGGAACUCGGGAGUUAUGCAAUUCGCACAAAAAGUGCAAAAGUAAGAGAUUCACCGACGGUUUGCCGGACGAAUUGAUGGAGGAUGUUUGGAAGCAAAUUCAUUACGGAAGGUACACACGAGAGGACAAAGUAAACAGUAAAAGUGAGGGCGAGAAAAAUGCUUGUGAAGAGUCGGGAAAAACAUCAAAACCGGUAAAACUUAAUGUGGGGCAAAUAGUAAAAGAUAGGAUUCCUCCUACUGAGAUUAAAGUGAUAGAGGUGCCAUUAAAACAAUCUCAUCUGUCCCUCAAUUUAUCAGACACGGCGUUUGAAACGAUGGGAGAUCAAGUGGGAGAUAGCAUAGAUACAUCUAAGGCUAGAAUUGCCACAGGUAAGGAUGCUGUCAAGAUGUUGAAAGAUUUGCAAAACGGGCAAGAGUGUAAAGAGGAGAAGAAGGAAGAGAAGGAGACUUAGUUUUGUAUAUUUUUAAGUUUUGCUU